AUGUCUGCUAAAAUAGAACUUGUAACUGAAAAUGUGACCAAUGGCCACUCUGGUGCAUCAGAAACAAUCCAAUACACUAAAUCACAGAUGGUUGGACAUGGGUCAUUUGGAGUUGUGUUUCAAAUACAACUUCAACCUUCUAAUGAAAUAGGAGCUGUGAAGCGUGUGUUACAGGACAAACGGUUUAAAAAUCGUGAAUUACAAAUUAUGAAAUUGGUCCAUCAUAGAAACAUUGCUGAUUUGAAAUACUAUUUCUACACUAACAAUGAAAAAAAUGAACUUUAUUUGAAUUUGAUUUUGGAAUUUGUACCAGAAACCCUUUACAAGGCUAGUCAUUAUUAUGUUUCCAAAAGAUUAAAUAUGCCUCCAUUAGAAGUUAAAUUAUACACCUACCAAAUGUUUAGAGCAUUAAAUUAUAUUCAUUCACAAGGCAUUUGUCAUAGAGAUAUUAAACCACAGAAUUUACUCAUCAACCCGGAUACGGGGGAGUUGAAAUUAUGUGAUUUUGGGUCGGCUAAGAUUUUGAAUCCAAGUGAGCCCAAUGUGUCUUAUAUUUGUUCUAGAUAUUAUCGUGCCCCAGAAUUAAUUUUUGGUGCUACUAAUUAUACCACUAAAAUUGAUGUGUGGUCAGCUGGUUGUGUGAUGGCUGAACUAAUUUUGGGACAACCAUUAUUUCCUGGUGAAUCAGGUAUAGAUCAAUUGGUUGAAAUCAUCAAAAUAUUGGGUACUCCAUCAAGAGAACAAAUUAAAAAUAUGAAUCCAAAUUAUAUGGAACAUCGUUUCCCACAAAUAAAACCAAUACCAUUACAAAAAAUUUUUAAGAAAAUGAGUCCAGAUUGCAUACAGUUUUUAAUCAAAGUAUUACAAUAUUCACCAAUUGAUAGAAUUUCAUGUAUUGAAGGAUUAAUUGAUCCAUAUUUUGAUGAAUUGAGGAAUGAAAAUACUAAAUUACCAAAUUAUAGAAAAAUAUUUCUGCAACAAUUUCAUAGUAAUAAUUCUAGUGGGUUUGGUAAUGCUGCUAAUUACCAAUUGUAUAAUGCUCAACCUGAUUUAAGAGAUUUACCAGAAUUAUUUGAUUUCGAUGAUCGUGAAUUAUCAGUUGCCCCCCGCUUAAACAAACAAUUGGUUCCAAAUUGGGCAUAUUCGCAUUUAAGAUUAAAUCAGCAUAUAAAUAGUUUGGAUGAAUUCUCACCAAUGUCUGCCGAUGAAUUAAAAGUUACCCUUGAAUAG